AGAGGGAAUGUUCCUGGUUUUGUGGUGUUUCUCUCUUGUUGGGGUGAGUAAAUGGGGAUGGGCCAUGCAAUCAGGACUCAUCUGAUUACAGAAACAACAGGAAACACUUUUAAUUGUCAAAUUACGAGCUGCAGCGCUGAGACUGGCGGAUUUCAGGUUUUGGCCUCGUUCAGCUUUUCUUUCAUGCCAGAGGAUUCAGCUUGUCACAAGGAUGGUUGCUUAACCCCAAACCAUCUACCCUAUAUAACAGCUGACUCCAGUGGGUAUCACUACGAACCAACUCAGGAAAGAAGGAUGAAGUCUCUCGGUGUCUACGUGCUACUAAGCUUUGCAGCCGCAGUCUACUGUGUGCCUGUCUCCAAAGUAGCAGUGGAAGAUGAACGUUUUGCAAAGGGCUACCUGAAGAGAUUCUUCAACCUGACAGAGGAGGAACACCCGUCGUCUCGGAAAGGAGAAAACCCAAUGAGCAAGAAGCUGAGUCAGAUGCAGAAAUUCUUUGGGCUCCGGAUAACGGGGGCCCUGGAUGACAACACCCUGGAGGUGAUGAAGAAGCCCCGCUGCGGAGUCCCAGAUGAAAAAAUUGCCCAAUAUUCGACUUUUGGAGACGACCUCAAAUGGAGCAAAAACACCAUCACAUACAGGAUUCAGAAUUACACCCCCGACAUGUCUCAGGCAGAGGUGGAUGACUCCAUUCGAAGAGCUCUUGAGGUUUGGGCCAAAGUCACUCCUCUGAGUUUCACAAAACUUACCAGUGGCACGGCUGACAUCAUGAUCUCCUUUGCUCGCCAAUCACAUGGUGAUUCCUACCCCUUUGACGGGCCUGGCGGGACUCUUGCCCACGCCUUUGCUCCUUCUCCUGACAUCGGAGGAGACGCUCAUUUUGACGAAGAUGAGACCUUCACAUUUCGUUCAAGCAGUGGCUUCGUCCUCUUCCUGGUUGCCGCCCAUGAGUUCGGCCACUCUCUGGGCUUGUCCCACUCUGAAGAUAAAUCUGCUCUCAUGUACCCUCUGUACUCAUACAAAGACCCCGACACCUUUGUUCUGCCCCAAGAUGAUGUCAGAGGCAUCCAGUCGCUUUAUGGUGCAAAUCCUUCUGGAGGUACCACAACAACUACAACAGGUUCAAAUCCUUCUGGAGGUACCACAACAACUACAACAGGUUCAAAUCCUUCUGGAGGUACCACAACAACUACAACAGGUUCAAAUCCUUCUGGAGGUACCACAACAACUACAACAGGUUCAAAUCCUUCUGGAGGUACCACAACAACUACAACAGGUUCAAAUCCUUCUGGAGGUACCACAACAACUACAACAGGUUCAAAUCCUUCUGGAGGUACCACAACAACUACAACAGGUUCAAAUCCUUCUGGAGGUACCACAACAACUACAACAGGUUCAAAUCCUUCUGGAGGUACCACAACAACUACAACAGGUUCAAAUCCUUCUGGAGGUACCACAACAACUACAACUCAGGCUCCCACCAUCCCUGAUGUCUGCCACUCACCUGUGGAGUUUGAUGCUGUCACCACCUUGAAAGGAGAAAUGUUUUUCUUCAAGGACAGCUACUUGUGGCACAGCAGCUCCGAGAGCAGCACGCCACAAAAGAGUCUUAUCUCAAGCUUCUGGCCCAACGGCCCAACAAGCGUCGAUGCUGCUUACGAGAACCCAGAGACCGGCAACGUCUUCCUUUUCAAAGGUUCUAAAGUAUGGGCCUUCUCUGGAACCCAGCCGGUACCAGGUUACCCGAAGUCCUUCUCUGAAUUCGGUCUGCCAAGUUUUUUGUCGAAAAUCGACGCUGCUUUUCAUGAUACUCUGUCUGGAAAAACCUAUAUGUUCUGGAAGGGCUACUUCUACUUAAUUUAUGAUGAAAGCAGAAGGGAUGUGGAAUCUUUUUCCUGGGUGAGCCUGACGUUUUCCGGAAUGAACAACCAGGUGGCAGCAGCCACCGAGAAAGAAGGUUAUGUUUACAUCUACAGUGGCCUCUACAUGUACAUGUAUGACCUGUGGAACGGGAAGUUGCUGCGUAAGCUGAAGAACACCUACCUGCUUGGCUGUAAUUAUCAUGCAAAUUGUCCUGCCUCCCACUUCCACUGGAGCUCUUCAUGUGAAGAAGACCUGAAAGGUUCUUCUUUGCCUUUGUGUUGGAAGGAAAGUGCAAUGGAUUUGAUGAACGCUGUAAAAGCUGUGAUGAUGCUGGCAUGUAUGGCGACCUGUGGAGCCAUGCCCACCUCUUCACCCAAUCAAGAAAAUCUCUCCAAAGCCCAGAACUACCUGUCUCAGUUUUUCUCCUAAGUCGGGGUCGUUUCCCCCUCCUCUGUCGUGCGGAGCUCUCUGGACUCUUUUAAUGACACAUUAAGGAAAAUGCAGGAAUUCUUUGGUCUGGAAGUGACAGGGCAGUUGGACUCUAACACGCUGGGAGUGAUGGCUCGCCCCCGCUGUGGUUUCAACGACAUGGCCAGAUACGGCCACUUUGAUGGCCGACCAAAGUGGAACAAGGCUGUGGUCACAUACAGGAUUACCGACUACACACCAGAUAUGAGUCAAAGUGAAGUUGAUUCCACCAUAGCCAAAGCCUUCAAACUCUACAGUGAUAUUAUUCCUCUGGAUUUCCAGCAGUCUGACAGUGAAACAGCUGACAUCAUGAUUAAGUUCAACUCUGGAGACCAUGGGGACUUUGCUCCAUUUGAUGGUCAGAAUGGUGUACUGGCACAUGCGUUUUCUCCUGGAGAAGGCAAUGGAGGGGAUACCCACUUUGAUGAGGAUGAGAACUGGACUCUAACCUCAGAAGGAGCCAACCUGUUUUUAGUUGCUGCACAUGAGUUUGGCCAUGCCCUAGGCCUGGUUCACUCUCAGAUUGAGACAUCCCUGAUGUUCCCCACCUACAAAUAUGUGAACACAGACGGAUACACAUUGCCAAAUGACGACAAAGAAGGUGUUCAGGCUCUCUACGGAGUCCGAUCAGAUAUUCUCCCACAACCGCAGCCUGAGCCAACGUCAGAACCUGCUCCAGACAGGUGCAACGGGAACCUGGUGUUUGAUGCAGUGACCACAAUAGGAGCGAAGCUUUUCUUUUUUAAAGACGGAUAUUUUUGGAGAAAGGGCAGCCGCUGGGAGGGCAUCACCAGGCAUAAAAUUCAGUCUGUCUGGCCUGGGAUCCGCAAAGUUGACGCGGCUUAUGAGAAUGAGAACAGGAAUACUGUCAUUUUCUUUGAAGGGAAUCAGUACUGGCAGUUUCGAGGUAAAACCGUCCUGCCUGGUUAUCCCAAACGUCUCACUGACUUCGGCUUCCCUUCAUCGGUCACCAAGGUGGAUGCUGCUGUUCAUGUGUCCUCUAUAAGCAGGACUCUUCUCUUUGUAAACAACAAAUACUGGAGCUACAACGAAGGGAGGCGCAGAAUGGACCGUGGCUACCCCAAAUCCAUCCACAGGCACCUGCCUGGGAUUGGUCACAGAGUGGAUGCUGCUUUUGAGAACAGAGGUCAUCUGUACUUUUCCUCCGGCUCAAGACAAACAGAGUACCACUACCAACGAAGAAGAGCGCUUAACAUUCUGAUGAACUACUUAUGGCUGGGUUGUUGAGCACCUGUUCUGUAUUUCACUCAGGAUUUUCAAGAUUCAGACACAUGGCAAAUACCGAUUAUGUUUCCGCUCACUAGGAAAUCGCAUUUUCUUUGGUUUGCUUGGAGAGAAGACGAGAAAAAAAUGUCUGCAUGUCUUUUGCUAAACAUACAAUAAUGCUGUAAACCUAGCAAUGAGCAAAAAUACCAUUACAAUUCUUUUUUGGGGAAGAUUGUUUUGGUAUGGAAACUACCAAUGUAGUAGAAAAAAAAAGAUCUAAUAGAACAGAGAUGCAAGUGGCUUUUUGUAGUUUCAAUAUUGGGUCUUAAUAACUUUGGCUAUAAAGAACCAGUUGAUGUUUUUAAAUGUAAAAACAA